AUGGAGGAAUCCCCGUUAUGGAAAACCAUUAUGGGAUAUAAUGGCUUUCUUUGGGUGAAGAAUUUCAUGUGGAUUGUGUGUAAGGGUAGCCUUCUUUCAAAUGAAAGGCGUGUGAGACGGCAUAUGUCUCCCGAUGGUAGCUAUUUGGAGUGUGGGGGCGAGUUUGAAAGUGUUUUACAGAAGAGUUUUUGUAUGCUUCAAGAAUUGUUAAGAGCAUGUGUUCAGGACCAGCAGACAAAAAGGAUGGUUGUUAGCUCCUCACAAUGGCAACCCCCUCGGUAUGGAUGGUUCAAAUUAAAUAUGCAUGGCUCCAGGCGAACGAAUUCGGGACUUAGUACAUGUGGUGGAGUUUUGCAAGAUUCUAUGGGAAGUUGGGUUGCGGGGUUCUCGAAAUCCAUUGGUAUAUGUUCAACCUUGGAGGCGGAGUUAUGGGGAAUCCUUGAGAGGUUGAUGCUCGCUUGGGAUUCAUAA